AUGGAGAGACAGAACCUCACAGACGUGAAAGAUUUCAUCCUUAUAGGCAUCACUAAUCAGCCUGAGCUGAAGGGUCCAUUGUUUGGACUGUUCCUCAUCAUCUAUCUGAUCUCAUUAAUGGGAAAUAUGGGCAUGAUCAUACUCACAAUAGUGGAUUCUCGACUGCAAACACCCAUGUACUUCUUUCUCAAACACUUGGCUGUCACUGAUCUUGGUUAUUCUACAGCUGUAGGACCUAAAAUGUUAGAAAAUUUUGUUGUGAACCAAAAUACAAUAUCCUAUUAUCUUUGUGCUAUUCAGCUAGCUUGCUUUCUUUUGUUCAUUACCUGUGAGCUUUUUAUUUUGUCUGCCAUGUCCUAUGACCGCUAUGUGGCCAUCUGUAACCCUCUGCUCUACAAUGUCAUCAUGUCAAAGAAGAAAUGUUGGCUCCUAAUAGUAAUCGCUUAUCUAUAUGGUUUGUUUCUGUCUCUUAUAAUUACUUUAAAGAUGUUCAGGCUUUCAUUCUGCAGCUACAAUAUAAUCAAUCAUUUUUUCUGUGACUGCAUCCCUUUGAUACCAUUGCUCUGUUCAAACACUCAUGAAAUUCAGUUGAUAAUUUUAGUAUUUGCCAUUUUUGAUUUGAUUUGUUCUCUUCUGGUUGUCCUUGUGUCUUACCUCCUCAUCCUCAUAACCAUUCUGAGGAUGAACUCUACUGAGGGCAGGCGCAAGGCUUUUGCAACUUGUGGAUCACACAUGACUGUGGUCAUCGUCUUCUAUGGGACUUUGAUAUCUAUGUAUUUGCAGCCUAAUUAUAGUCACUCUUUUGACACUGACAAGUUGGCAUCCAUCUUUUAUACCAUGAUUAUCCCCAUGUUGAAUCCCUUGAUCUACAGCUUGAGGAACAAGGAUGUAAAGAAUGCUGGACAGAAGAUAUGGAAGAAGUUAUGCAAGAUUUGA